GCCCUGGAAUCGCGGCGGCGCGCCUGGCGUGGGCCAUGGAGGACGGCGUGCUGAAGGAGGGCUUCCUCGUGAAGCGGGGUCACAUUGUCCACAACUGGAAGGCACGGUGGUUCAUCCUUCGGCAGAACACAUUGCUCUAUUACAAGCUUGAGGGUGGUCGGAGAAUGACAACCCCCAAGGGCCGGAUCCUUCUGGAUGGCUGCACUAUCACCUGCCCCUGCCUGGAGUAUGAAAACCGACCACUCCUUAUUAAGCUGAAGACCCGGACUUCCACGGAGUACUUCCUGGAGGCCUGUUCUCGAGAGGAGAGGGACGCCUGGGCCUUUGAGAUCACAGGGGCGAUCCAUGCAGGGCAGCCGGGGAAGGUGCAGCAACUCCACAUCCUGAAAAACUCCUUCAAGCUGCCCCCUCACAUCAGCCUGCAUCGUAUUGUGGACAAGAUGCAUGACAGCAGCAGUGGAAUCCGGCCAAGUCCCAACAUGGAGCAGGGAAGCACCUACAAGAAGACCUUUCUGGGCUCCUCCCUGGUGGAUUGGCUCAUCUCCAACAGCUUUGCAGCAAGCCGUUUGGAGGCUGUGACUCUGGCUUCAGUGCUCAUGGAGGAGAAUUUCCUCAGGCCUGUGGGAGUCCGGAGCAUGGGAGCCAUCCGCUCCGGGGAUCUAGCCGAGCAGUUCCUGGAUGACUCCACGGCCUUGUAUACUUUUGCUGAGAGCUAUAAAAAGAAGAUAAGCCCCAAGGAAGAAAUUAGUCUCAGCACCAUGGAGUUAAGUGGUACAGUGAUCAAACAAGGUUAUCUAGCCAAACAGGGGCACAAAAUUAAAAACUGGAAGGUACGUCGCUUUGUUCUGAGGAAGGACCCCGCUUUCCUGCAUUAUUAUGACCCUUCCAAAGAAGAGAACAGGCCAGUCGGUGGGUUUUCUCUUCGUGGUUCACUUGUGUCAGCUCUGGAAGAUAAUGGUGUUCCAACUGGGGUUAAAGGAAAUGUCCAAGGAAAUCUCUUCAAAGUGAUUACUAAGGAUGAUACACACUAUUACAUCCAGGCCAGUAGCAAGGCUGAACGAGCAGAGUGGAUUGAAGCUAUCAAAAAGCUAACCUGACAAGGAAGAAACUAAGUAGGACCAGGAGUCCUCCCAACUCCCUCCUACAACAGAAUGCAGACAGGGAUUUCCUGGAGAAUGCAUGUUGUUGACUGUGAUUCAGGACUGGGGAUGUGGCUCAGUGGUGGAGGGCCUAACAGGCCUGAGGUGCUGGGUUUGAUUUCUAACAAUGGAAAAGAUGUUAACACUGUACAUUUGCAUUGUUUUGGAGACUGCUCAAGAUGUUGCUCAGAUGACAAGCUGCGGUGGUGCUAUUUCCUUCCCCAUCUACCCAUUAUCAACCUGGAAAGCUGAAACAGCCAUUAGGUGUUGCAUCUUGAUUCUUGCCCACCAGGACAGUUGUGUCCUUAGGCAUUACUUUGUUGGAACACUAACACUAGCCAAGCUGUAAUAUUAAAUAAAAAUAGUGUCAAGGCAGCUGUCU